CCUCACAGUCUUGCCAGGAACUCACAGCCAAGAUGUGGGACGACGAGGAUAACAACCCGUACGGCUCGUUCAAUCGACGCGACUCGGAGGGCUCCGACGCUCCCGGUUUCCGUCAAGCGCCUUCGACCCCUCCCUCAGGUUCAAGCAGUCCCCAGCAGUCGACUCCCGAGUACCACCGUCCCGAGUCGACCUACCACGAUGAGCCCUUUGACCACGAUCAACAAGACAGCGACGAUCAAGACGAGGAAGAGAAGGAUCUCUCAGAGUCACGCAGGAUCGAGCCCAAGAAGGGUGGUUACCACAGUCGCAUCGAGCAGAUCCUCUACGAAAACCCCGACCUGGACAUCCAGAUCGUCCAUGCAGGCAAGAAUACCGAAGGCGGAGGCAGCUACAUAACCUACACUAUUCGCACUGGCGACAUCGAAGUACGAAGACGUUAUAGCGAGUUCGCUUCUCUGCGAGCAACUCUGGUCGCACUGCACCCAACCUUGAUCAUCCCGCCAAUUCCCGAGAAACACUCCAUCACCGACUACGCUUCGAAGCCAACCAAGGCAAAAGAGGAUGUGGGCAUAAUUGAGUUACGACAGCGUAUGUUGACCACUUUCCUAAACCGCUGCCGUCGCAUGCAAGACGUGCGCGACGAUAAUGUUUGGUGGCGCUUCCUCGACCCCAACGCCAGCUGGAACGAGGUUCUCCACUCUCACCCCGUUGUCAACAUCCCCAAGAACAACCUCAAGGCUCCACCACUAGACCCUGCCAACCCCUCGCCUGGCCACAACUUCCUCCCUGUACCUUCCCAAUCUGCCAAACUACGCUCAGCUGGCGGCGCUGCUGCUUCGGGUACUCCCAACUCACCGCCACUCCAGCAACCGUCAACUGCUGCCCACACUUCUCCUGGUCCUCAAGUCUUCGGUCGCUUCCCUCCAGACUCCCAAAACCUGUCAGAAGAAGACCUAGACCCAUACUUUGUCCAAUUCGAGAACUCGUCUCGCGAGCUGGAGGCACUGCUGCAAGGAUCUAUGGAGAAGGUCAAUCAGCGAACUUUGUCACAUCUCUACAAGCUCGGUGAUGAUCUGAUGGAACUGGGUGGCCGUUACAAUGCUUUCUCCCUCUCCGAACAAUCUGCAGAGGUUGCUGCUGCUAUUGAGAAGAUUGGCCAGGCCUGCGACUUUACCUACAUUCAGACUCGUGACUUGUCUAGCGGCUUGUCUGCUCAGUUUGCUGAGCCCAUGCGUGAGAGUGCUCAGUUCGCUGGCAUUGUAAAGGGUGUAUUGCGAUACAGAGUCCUGAAGCGUGUUCAGCAAGAGAUGACCCGCGAGGAACUCGACAGGAAGAGGACUUCUCUCGAUUCUCUCGAGAAAAGCGAAGCCGAAGCUAAGCGCAUUGAGCAAUAUCUCCACUCUUCAGGAAACACCUCUUCACCGCCUCAACGUAGUAUGAGCACCGGCAGCAACGCUGCUAGACGCAAUCCGGCUAGAGACCAACUACCACGACGUGCAGAAGACGACACAGCAAGUAUCGAUUCCGACUUUCCACCUACCAUGGGUAGUGCUCCCAGCGCCGCUCAAGGCUCUCCUCACCAGGAUCAACCUCACAGCCCUACGCAACAUAAGAGAGGCGCUAGUGGCAACUUUGUGACGAACAAGAUCUUCGGACGCCUUACACACGCUUACCACAAUGUUGUGGAUGCUGACCCUGAGCGCAUGAGAAGAGACCAGAUUGGCAAGACGAGGGAGAGUCUGACUCAGCUCGAGCAAGCCUUGGAGGUUUCUGAAAAAGACGUCAAAGAUGCCAGUGGUGCAGUACUGAAGGACUUGAAACGCUUCCAAAGCGACAAGGAAGAAGAUUUGAGGAAGUACAUGCUGGCCUUCGCACGCUGCCAUAUCGAGUGGGCGCAACGCAGCUUGGAAACAUGGGAAGAGGCUCGGGUGGAAGUCAACAAGAUUCCCGUGUUAGAGCCGAGGUGAUCACGUCAAGGCUCGGAAACACGCACAAUUGAUAUCUAAAGUUCUAAGUAUGCAGAUUCGUGCAUGAAUCAUUAAUGUCUCUCUAUUGCCA